AUGGGUGAAAAGGAAGAAAACACAGUUGAACACUUAGAUCCAAUCUUAUCAUUCUCGGAAGAGGACUUGAAGGACACUCAUAAUGUCCUUACUACUAUUAUAUCUCCUCAUACUGGAAAACAGGUUAAGAUUACAAGCGAUGUAGAUGAAGCUAUGAAAUAUGCCAUUGCUAAUGCAAGUUCCGACGUUCAUUUAGAUCCUGCAAGAGACAGAAAGUUGCUUUGGAAGAUUGAUUUAUUCCUUAUGCCAGUAUUAUGUUUGUUAUACUGUUUCCAAUUUAUGGAUAAAUUAUCAAAUUCCUAUGCUUCGAUUUUGGGAUUAAGAACUGAUUUAAAUAUGGUUGGUAACAUGUAUGCAUGGACAGGUUCAGCAUUCUAUAUCGGGUACUUAUUUUUCGAAUUCAUUUCAGUAAGAUUGUUGCAAAAAUUUCCUGUUGCUAAGACGGGUGCUGUUUUCAUUAUUCUUUGGGGUGUUGUUUUAUGUCUCCAUUCAGUUGCCAAUUUUGCCGGUUUUAUAGCACUUAGAACUAUUUUAGGUAUGCUUGAAAGUUCAGUGACAGUUUUCAACCUUAUUAUAACUGGUUUCUUCUAUAAAAAAGAAGAAGUAUUCCUUAGAUGUGCUCUUUGGUUUUCCAGUAAUGGGUUAGGUACUAUUAUUGGGAGUGGAGCUAUUGCCUAUAAUGUUUACAGAGAUCAAGAAAACUUCUCGUUACCAGCUUGGAAACUUAUAUUUAUCAUUACUGGAUGCUUGACUAUCUUCCUUGGUUUUAUAUAUCUUAUUCAUAUACCCGAUGUUCCAACAGAAGCAUGGUUCUUAAACGAAGAAGAAAAGAUCCUCGUUGUUGAACGUAUUAGAGAUAAUCAACAAGGGUAUGGUAAUAAACAUUUCAAAUGGAACCAAUUCAAGGAAGCCUUAUUGGAUGUUAAGACUUGGUUGAUUUUCAUGUUCGCUUUAGCGUCUGAUAUUCCAAAUGGUGGUAUAACAAAUUUCGGUAGUAUAUUGUUGAAUGAAGAUUUCGGAUUUUCUACUCAGAAGUCCUUGUUGAUGCAAAUGCCACAAGGGGUAGUGGAAUUUGUUGGUUGCUCUCUCUUGGCUUAUUUUUCAGGGUAUAUUAAAUCAAGAAUGCUUUGGGCUUGUAUCGGUACAUCUAUUGCUGUAGCUGCACAAUGUAUGCUUGCUUUUGGUAAGGAUAGAAAUGUUCAAUUUGCUGGGUUAACUAUCUAUGCUUUGGCACCUAUCGGUUUUAUUUGUUUGUUAUCUGUUAUCUCAAGUAAUGUUGCUGGUCAUACCAAAAAGCUUACUGUUAACGCCAUUUACUUAAUCGGUUACUGUGUGGGUAACUUAAUCGGUCCUCAAACUUUCUUAGCAUCAGAAGCACCAGAUUACCCAACUGCUAAAAUUUGCAUUGUUGCUUUUGGAAGUUUAUCAUUAGUAUGUUUGCUUUUGAUUUGGUUCUGUUAUUGGAGAGAAAAUGUCAAGAGAGAUAAAUUAUCAUCAGAAGCGGCUGAAAAGUUUCAAGAAAUCGAAAACCACGAAUUUGCAGAUUUAACUGAUAAAGAAAAUCCUCUUUUUAGAUACAUGUUAUAA